AUGCCUGUGCUGCUGUGUGCGCUGCUCUAUCUGCUCAUGGCAUUGGACGGUGUGGAUGGCAUCGUGGCUCGCCGCCUGCGCCAGGUGUCGGCGUUUGGUGCGAUCCUGGACGUUGCUGUGGACAACGCACUGCGCACCGCCAUGUGGGCGGCUGCCGUGAACAGUGCCAUGCUGGGCGUGAACAGUGCCAUGCUGGCCAUGAACAGUGUUGGUGCCGCUGUGUCAGGCAUGAACAGUGUCGGUGGAACUGUGUGGGGCUUGAUCAGUGCAAAGAUGUUGCAAGUAGCGGCCGUGCUUGUACCAUGUGUGGAGUGGCUUACGUUCACCUGCUCCCACGCCAGCACGCAUAGAAGUAGCACUGAGCCACCACGUUCUAGUGACCGCUCCACAGCACCAGCGCCCAGGCAAGCAGCCAAGAAAGGGAAUGGGGAGGCAAGGCAUGGGCAAGAGGGACAGAAAGAGGUGGUGGAAGUUGGAGGAGACGUGCAGCAAGUGGGGCAAGGACGGGAGCACGGCGGGAAUGGGGAAGAAGUGGAGCAGGGAGGAGGUUUGAAGGAGCGGGCAAAAGAGAGGGGCAACUGGAAGGAGGUGUGGGGUGGCAAGAGCGACACUCCACUUCUGGUCUCCCUGGUUAUGAGAAAUGGCUUCAAAACCCCUACUGGAGUCAUGGCAAUCGCCGGCCUGCACUUCCUCCCUCUCUGGCUCUUCCUUCGACACCAUCUACACUCGUUUCUCACUUCACUCUCACAUGCAUACAUGCAAAGUCAACCACGGGCCAUUGCACCAUCUUGGGAUGUCUUCGCUCGUCACAGCAAGCGACCCGAUAUCGACAAGGCCCCCCCUCCUCCCACAUGCGCCAUCCUCCCCGAAACCGCAGCGGAAGCCGCCACGCUUGACGCCGACUCCCCCCGCGCUGCCGCUGUUGCGCGCGCUGUCGCCACUGCCGUCGAAACCGCUGACCGCGCCGCGCUUCCUAGCGGCGCGGAGCUAGCGGCGCAGCUCCAGGCGCAGCCGGCGCAACAGGCGCAGCCCCCCGCGCUGAUGAAAGUUUCCCCCGAGUCCCUGACCUAUCCGUCGGGGUUCUUGGGGGGUUUCGGGGAUAACAACCCCUUGCCAGUGGAUUCCAAGGGACACGUGGCGGAUGACGUGGCGGUGGAUAAGGACGCGUAUCUGAGGCAGAUCCUGAGAUCGCGGGUGUAUGACGUGGCGAUCGAAAGCGCGCUGGAGUUCGCGCCGAAGCUGAGCGAGAGGGUCGGCAACCGGGUGUUUCUGAAGCGGGAGGACACGCAGCCGGUAUUUUCGUUCAAGCUGCGAGGCGCAUACAACAUGAUGGCGCACCUGACGCCGCGGCAGCUCGCCAAGGGCGUCAUUUGCUCGUCCGCGGGGAACCACGCGCAGGGGGUGGCGCUUUCCGCCUCCAGGCUGCACUGCAGUGCCAUAAUAGCGAUGCCAGUGACAACACCAGAGAUCAAGUGGCGCGCAGUGCAGCGGCUGGGAGCGGAGGUGGUGCUGGUGGGGGACUCAUAUGAUGAGACUCAGGCAUAUGCCAAGCGCAGGGCAGAAGAAGAGGGACGAGUGUUCAUCCCGCCGUUCGACCACGAGUUGGUGAUCGCGGGGCAGGGCACCGUGGGCAUGGAGAUUCUCCGCCAGUGGAGCACGUGCGACCGCACGGGCGGCUGCGGGGGCGGCGCAGGCCAGUGGCGGUUUUUGGACUCUUCCUCAGAGGAUGAACGGGAGGGGCAUGGGAGCAAUGGGGGCGCAAACGGGGCUGUGAAUGGCGCAGCGGCAACAGCAGGAGCCGCAGCAGCAGGAGCAGCAGCAGCUUCAUUGUCUUCCUCCUCCCCCUCCUCCUCCCCACCAUCAUUAUCAUCGUUAUCAUCAGCAGCAGCAGCAUCCCUACUAUCCAGCGAAUCUCCAGAGCAGCAGCAGCAGCUAUCCCAAACAGCAGAUCUGGCCGCUACCUCCCACUCCUCUCCCUUCUUCCCUCCCCCUCCAACGACCCCGAUCAACCCACCAUCGUCACUAUCAGCAAUGCUUUCGCAGUCAACCCUAGCAGCAGAAGCAGGGGAGGGCGAGGGGCUGUGUCACAUGGACCCCUCGAGUCUGCACGCGGUGUUUGUGCCGGUGGGGGGUGGUGGGUUGAUUGCUGGCAUCGCUGCUUACAUCAAGGCACUUCAGCCAGAGGUGCGAGUGAUAGGGGUGGAGCCUGCUGAUGCCAACGCCAUGGCACUCUCCCUCUACCAUGGCCGCUCACCUGCUGACGCCAAUGCCAUGGCACUCUCCCUUUACCACGGCCGGCACGCUUGCUCAGUCACAGUGUGCCCCCCUCCUCCCUCGCCCCCUCCCUCGCCCCCUCCCUCUCCCCCUCCCUCUCCCCCUCCCUCUCCCCCUCCCUCUCCCUCUCCUUCGCCCCCUCCCUCUCCCUCGCCCCUCCCCCCCAGCCGAGUGGAGCUAUCCUCAUGCGGCACCUUUGCUGAUGGCGUGGCAGUGAGGAUGGUGGGGGAAGAAACGUUCCGGCUGUGCCAGCAGCUGGUGGACGGCGUAGUCCUUGUCUCUCGGGACGAGAUCUGUGCUGCCAUUAAAGACAUGUUUGAGGACACGCGCAGCAUCCUGGAACCGGCGGGGGCGCUGGCGCUGGCAGGGGCGAAGGCGUAUUGCCGGCAGUACGGGUUGAAGGGCGAGGGCGUGGUGGCCGUGGCGAGCGGUGCUAACAUGAACUUUGACCGGCUCAGGCUCGUUUCAGAGCUGGCUGAUCUGGGGGCCAGGCGAGAGGCGGUACUGGCAACAACUCUUCCUGAAAUCCCAGGGGCGUUCAAGCAGUUUGCCAAGCUGGUGGGGCCCGGCAUGAACAUCACGGAGUUCAAGUACCGCUUCUGCUCCACUGAUGCUGCCCACGUGCUGUACAGGUGCGACCAUGGUGCCCACGGACCAUUCUGCGCCACCUCGUGGGAGGGCGCUCGUCUCCCUCUCCCUAUUUUUGUCCCUCGGCCAAUUCUCACUCUCUUUCUCCUCCAACUUUCUCCUCCGCACCCCCCUCGCGCACUCUCCUUGGAUAGUGUGGGCGUGCACACAGAGGAAGACCUGGAAGCCAUGAUCGCGCGCCUAGAAGGCGGGGACAUGCCAACAGUGGACAUGACGGACAACGAUCUCGCCAAGGACCAUCUGCGCCACCUCGUGGGCGGGCGCUCGUCCCUCCCCAACGAGAUUCUUUUCCGCUUUGUCUUCCCUGAGCGGCCUGGCGCGCUCGUCAAGUUCCUGGACCCCAUCAGCCCGCGCUGGAACAUCACUCUCUUUCACUACCGCCGCACCGGGGAGAUGAUCGCGCAUGUGCUGGUGGGGCUGCAGGUGAUGCCUCACGAGGAGGCGGAAUUCAGAGCGGUGGCGGAUGCGCUAGGGUAUGAAUACAGUGAUGAGCGCAACAACAAGGCACUGCGCAUAUUCAUGCAAUAG